AUGGGUUUGCCGGGUUCGGGCGACAGGAGGAACAACAGGAACGUGGGCGUGGCCCGCUAUGUGCGGGCGACCCGCACCCCUCGCGCGCACGCGAGAGAGAAAGUGCAGAAGAAGCGGCAGCAGCACCUGCAGGGCGGAAUCCCGUUCGAGAAGUCGAAGGGGCAGCACAUCCUGAAGAAUCCGAUGUUGGUCGACACGAUCGUGCAGAAGGCCGGCGUGCAGCCCACCGACGUCGUCCUCGAGAUCGGCCCCGGCACCGGCAACCUCACCCGCAAGCUCCUCGACGCCGCCAAGUCCGUCGUCGCCGUCGAGCUCGACCCCCGCAUGGUCCUCGAGCUCAACCGCCGCUUCCACGCCACCCCCCACGCCUCCCGCCUCAAGGUCAUCCAAGGCGACGUCCUCAAAUGCGAUCUCCCCUACUUUGACAUUUGCGUGGCCAAUAUCCCGUACCAGAUCUCUUCCCCACUUACAUUCAAGCUACUAUCUCACCGCCCGGUCUUCAGGUGCGCGGUCAUUAUGUUCCAGCGUGAAUUCGCCAUGAGGCUGGUCGCCAACCCUGGAGACAAUCUCUACUGCCGCCUCUCGGUAAACGUGCAGCUCCUCGCCCGCGUCUCCCAUCUUCUCAAGGUGGGCCGCAACAACUUUCGGCCCCCACCUAAGGUCGACUCCUCUGUGGUUCGUAUAGAGCCUCGAAGGCCUCUUCCUCCCGUGAACUUCAAAGAGUGGGACGGGCUAGUCCGCCUCUGCUUUAACCGGAAGAACAAGACAUUGGGGUCGAUCUUUAAGCAGAAGAGCGUUCUCGCUCUGCUCGAGAAGAACUAUAAGACUUUGCAAUCUUUGCAACUCUCACAGAAUCUACACGUGGAUGAAGAUAAGAUGGCUUCGGAUGAUGUAGCCGUAUUGGCUGAUAUGGUCGAGGACUUGAGCAUGGAAAUCAAUGAUGGGAGAGAUGAGGAAGACAUGGAGAUGGAAGAAGGGGAUUUGGUCGGAGGUGGUGGUGAGGGGUCGAGCUUCAAGGAAAAGAUCAUGGGAAUUUUGCAGCAGGGGGAUUUUGCGGAAAAGAGAGCGUCUAAACUCACGCAAGUGGAUUUCUUGUACUUGCUUUCUCUGUUCAACAAGGCCGGGAUACAUUUCUCGUGAAGGCCUCCUUCGGAAGAUUGUUAAAAGACUCGGUGUAGGGAGAAUGACUUAAAUAUGUAUUUUUAGAUCUUAGGCUGCUUCUGAUGUUUUAUGCCGAAUCCGGCAGAGAAAUUUUGACAGUUUUGAGGAAGUUUUCUGUAGUUCUAUAAAUUGCUGCUUUGCUUCUGAACGUAAUCAGUUACUUCCAGCAUCUUGCUUCAUGUCCUCGGCAAUCGAUGAAAGGUUUAUCCAUCAGUUCUAUUAACAGACGCAUAAUAGUGUUGUUGCUUUUCUUGUA